AUGGACGGAUUACUUAAUGUUUUAAAGGAUUUACAAAAUGUUAUAACUAGAGGAUUGACUAACUUUAAAAAAUGUAAUAAAGACAAAUUAACGGUCGAAUAUAUAGAAGCAAGACAAGAAUUGCUAGAGAAAGAUUGGUCAUUAUUUAAAGAUACUAAUACUAAAAUAUAUGAAAAGUUUAAAAUAGAGGAUAUAGGUCAAAAAGUUGUUGAUAUUUAUGAUGGGGUGGAGGACACUUAUAUAAUGUAUAAAAGCCUUAUGAAAACAACACUUAAUAAAAUUAGUGUAAGCAAGUGUUCUGUACAAGGUGAUAGUAAUUCUAGUUCAACUAAGUCACCUAAUUCUUUUGUUAAGUUGCCAAAAAUCGCUAUACCAAUAUUUUCUGGCAAAUAUGGUGAAUGGACUACGUUUCAUGAUCUUUUCAUAUCAUUAGUUCACAAAAAUGAGUCUCUUGAUAAUGUACAAAAGCUCCACUAUCUAAAAAGUCACCUGUCUGGUGAAGCUGAACAGCUUAUUCGCCACACUCCUAUAUCUGAUGCUAAUUACAGUGAGUGUUGGGCACUAGCUUUGGAGUGUAUGGAGCCAAAAAAUGUCACUGUUCAUCGGGCCAAUAAGAGUGCUGAUGGUUCUCAUAGUUCAAAGUCAAUGUUAGCCACGAGUUCACCUAUGCGCUGUGAGUACUGUUCAGAGUUCCACAAGCUUUGCUUUUGUAAAAGGUUCGCUAAAGAGCCAAUUGAAACAAGACGUAAUUUUGUUAAGAACAAUAGUAUUUGUUUUAACUGUUUGGGUAGUAAUCAUAGCGUGUAUAAUUGUAAAAGGGACGCGACUUGCAGAGUUUGUAAGAAGCGUCACCAUUCUCUGCUUCAUAUAGAUCAUGAGGCAAACCAAUCCAGUUCGGCACAACAAUCUAGCCCUUCAACUAAUUCACCACCAAUAGUUUCUUGCUUGUCUACGGGAGAGGUGACUCGUCCCAGUCAGGUUUUAUUAGCCACUGCAUUAGUAAAGAUCGAGUCUAGGACUGGUGAGUAUUAUUCCGCACGUGCCUUGCUUGAUCAGGGUUCGCAGGCUUGCUUUGUAACAGAGGCCACUGUACAGUGUCUGAGACUGAAAAAGAUUCCUAUACAAGGUCUUAUUUCGGGUCUUGGAAAGGAUGAGUCAACCGUGGUAAAGCAUAUGGUGUAUUUGACUAUACAGUCCCGAAUAGACCCCGAGUUUGUAAUUAAAGUAAAGGCGUAUGUAUUAAAGAAAAUAACAUCUUACUUACCUGAGCGCAGCAUCGAAACCACACUGAAUUGGUUAGAUACAACGAAAUUAUUUCUUGCAGAUCCUGGGUUUAAGAACUCUAAUAAAAUCGAUAUAUUGUUGGGGGCGGACGCCUAUAGUUACAUCAUAAAAAAUGGUAUUAUUAAAAAUCCUUAUGGUAAUUUGAUUGCACAGAAUACUACUUUAGGGUGGGUUUUAUCAGGAACAAUUUCUACAGGAAAUAUGGAAAGGUCACAAAAAAUAAAUGUAAUGCAUGUACAAGUAAAUGAAGAUGAUAUCCUCAAGAAAUUUUGGGAAAUAGAAGAGCAAAGUGGUCAAAAGAAAAUACUCACACCUGAAGAGAAACAAUGUGAAGAAUUUUAUAGUUCUACAACAAGGAGAGAUGAAAGCGGAAGAUACAUUGUUCGGUUACCUUUUAAAGAAGUAGAUCUAUCUUGCAAAUCUGGAAAUUCACGUGCUAUAGCUGAAAAAAGAUUAAUCUCAUUAGAAAGAAAAUUAAGAAAUGAUAAGGAUUUAAAGAAAAAGUACUGUGAAGUAAUACACGAAUAUCUAGAAUUAGGACAUAUGAGGCUUGUUGAAGCGAAAGAUUUGAAUAAAGAAGCAGCUGUCUACUUACCUCAUCAUGCCGUGGUAAGGGACGAUAAAGCUACCACAAAGGUUCGGGUUGUGUUUAAUGCUUCACAAAAGAAUAGUAACGGAGUCUCACUGAAUGACACUCUUAUGGUUGGACCGACACUUCAAGCUGACUUAAGACACACUGUAUUAAGAUGGAGGGUGUAUUCCAUAGCUCUAGUUGCAGAUAUUAUCAAAAUGUAUCGUCAAAUCAAGGUAGCUGAAACGGAUGUCAUGUUUCAACGUGUACUUUGGCGAGACGAUCCUGAAAAGGAAAUAAGGGACUAUGAAUUGACAACGGUCACCUUUGGAACAGCUUCUGCGCCUUACCAAGCAGUUCGUACACUUCAUCAGGUGGCUUUGGAUGAAGGUGAAAAUUACCCACUUGCAAAGGACAAAGUUCUCAGUUGUUUUUAUAUGGAUGAUUUAAUGACAGGAUGUUACACCGUAGAUACGGCAAUAGAAAUAUAUAAGCAAGUGACAGGGCUGUUAGGAAAAGGUGGAUUCGAAUUGCAGAAAUGGAAUAGUAACAAUCAAGAAAUAAUAGACAAAAUAAAAUCAAUGGAAUGCAGUAAAGGACAAAUAAAUAAAUAUAGAACAAAUAUAGAUAUUCAUAAGGACAUAGAUAUAAAAGAACACUCAAAAGUAAAUAAAAUAGACAGUGAAGAAAAAGGAGUAGAAAUAAAAAUGGAUAAUAUAAUGAAAAUCUUAGGACUUACCUGGAAUCGCAAGGAUGACACUUUCCAAUACACCGUGAAUCUUCCUCCAACGACGACUGCACCUGUAACCAAAAGAUCUAUAAUUUCAAACAUAGCUCGAUUGUUCGAUCCUUUAGGCUGGUUAGCUCCCAGUGUGAUACUAGCAAAGGUGUUCAUCCAAAAAUUGUGGCUUGCAGGUGUGGAUUGGGAUGAAAAACUUUCAACAGAAUUGGUUGAAGAAUGGAAUAUAUAUCAUAAAGAGCUAUCACUACUUACUUGUAUAAGGAUACCUCGUUGGCUUGGUACUAAAUUGAAUGAUGAGUUGGAGCUUCAUGGGUUUAGUGAUGCGUCUAAAACAGCUUACUCAGCGGUAAUUUAUUUGAGGAUCAUGGAUCACAGAGGCGAAGUACAUGUAUCACUACUAGUUGCAAAAACCAGAGUAGCACCUGUAAAACAAGUGAGUAUUCCUCGCUUGGAGUUGUGUGGCGCAGUUCUAUUGGCACAACUGUUAAAUGAAACAGCUGAAGUCCUGAAAAUACCUGAAGACAACAUCAGAGCAUGGACAGAUUCUACAGUCGUGCUAGCCUGGAUAAAUAGCCACCCAAGUAGAUGGAAGACUUUUGUGGCCAAUCGAACAUCUGAAAUUUUAAAUAAUAUAAAAGCAUCUCAAUGGUUUCACGUUUCCACCAAGAAUAACCCAGCGGACAUUGCAUCAAGGGGAAUACUACCAAGCUCAUUACUUACCUGUGAUUUAUGGUUUCGUGGACCGGCAUUCUUAAAGGCGACUAAAUUAGACUACAGUAGACCAACUUAUAAGACUGAAGUUAAUGUAGACAUGGAGGAGUCAGUGAAGACUCAUGUAGCCUUAGUUCCUGAAAGCGGAUUAUUUGAACGAUUUUCGACGUUAACGAAAUUACUCAGAACAAUCGCGUACUGUCGAAGAUUUUUAAAACAGAACAAAAUAUACCACGGACUAUAUUUGCAAAAGGUAGAGUUAGACGGUGCGUUAGAAUGCUGUAUAAGACAAACACAAAAGGAAAUAUAUACAAAAGAAUAUACACAAUUAAAGGAUAAAGGAUAUUUACAAUUAAAAUCAAGUUCAUUAAAAUCAUUAAGUCCAUAUCUUGAUGCUAAGGGCAUUAUCAGAGUUGCAGGUAGACUAGAGAAAUCACAGUUGAGUGACCAAAUGAAGCAUCCAAUACUUUUGCCGCACUCUAGUCAUUUAACUCGUCUUAUCAUUGAUGAUGCUCAUAAGAAAACAUUGCACGGAGGUCUGCAAUUAAUGAUAAAUUAUUUGAGAACAGCUUACUGGAUUAAAGGGGUCAGGAAUCUAGUUAAAUAUCAAGUUCAUAAGUGUGUUAAGUGUGCUAGGCAGAGAGCUAAAAUUCAAAAGCAAUUUAUGGGAUCAUUACCAUCUGUUCGAUGCACUCCAGCACGACCGUUUUUGCAUAGUGGAGUGGAUUAUGCGGGACCCAUAAAUAUUAGGACAACGAAAGGUCGUGGUCACCGGUCUUAUAAGGGGUACAUUUGCCUGUUUGUAUGCAUGGUCACUCGUGCGCUGCAUUUAGAAGCAGUGAGUGAUAUGAGUACGCAGUCAUUUUUGGCUGCAUUUAGAAGAUUCGUGUCUAGGCGAGGCCACUGUGCCAAGCUAUGGAGUGACAAUAGUACAACGUUUGUGGGUGCCUCUAGGGAAUUACAGGACUUAGUUUCGAUUCAACCAUCAAUAGCAGAACACUUGGAAGCUAACGGAACUGAGUGGCACUUUAUUCCUCCUCAUAGUCCUAAUUUUGGUGGUCUUUGGGAAGCAGGAGUAAAGUCUACGAAAUUUCAUGUAAAACGGGUGAUUGGUGAUGCUACUCUCACGUUUGAAGAGAUCACCACACUUCUUAGUCAAGUAGAAGCUUGCUUGAACUCGCGACCCAUAAGCAUUAUUCAUGUGGAUGAGCCCGGUGAACCGUUACCUUUAACACCUGGACAUUUUCUAAUAGGGGAACCCUUAGUUAGCGUACCAGAUAAUCAACAUGAAAGUCCAAAUUUAAGUUUAUUAUCGCGUUGGCAAUUUGUUCAGGGGAUGGUACAGUCGUUUUGGAAGCGUUGGUAUAAUGAAUACCUCUCAAAUUUAAUGAAUCGGUAUAAAUGGUCUUAUAUGGUUCCCGAACCUAAAAUCGGAGAUAUUGUCUUGAUAAAAGAAGAUGAUUUGCCACCUAGUCGUUGGUUGUUGGGUCGCAUCUUGGAAAAACAUCCAGGUGAUGAUGGCAUAACUCGUGUAGUCACAUUGCGCACAAAAUCAUCUACUAUUAAAAGACCAACAUCAAAAAUUUGUAUUUUACCUGUAGCAGAAUAG